UAUGAGAUAAGUUUUCGAGUAUUCCUCUUAUAAACAAUCCUCCCUGAAAAAUUUCAGAAAUUUUCGAUAAAUGUACGUUUAAUACAUUUAUCGCAACAUUAAUACGUUUUAAAAAGUCACAUAUCACAAGUUUUAUAAACUAUUUAAAAUUUAAUAACAUGUAUUGCACAUAAUUUUAUCUGAAAAUUCACAAUAUUUGCUUUUAGUCAUAUGAAACUCAGUUUUCUAAUACAGUACAAUCAGAACUCAAUUUAGAGCUUCCAAUUCUUGUCUAAAGCGGCUGGCUCUAGUUUGCAAGACUUCAAAUAACGCGAGAGUUUUAUGUAUUAAUAGGAUAUACACAAAAAUUUGUGCUUGACUGUACAAAAUUAACGUCAUUAAGGUGUAAUUUGAAAAAAAUUAUAGACAUGAAUUUCAACUGUUUUUUUUUUCCUUAAUCUGGAGUACGGAGACAGAUAAACGAAAGUGGGAUAUUGAAAUGUUAUGGAAGUAAACCACGAUUAACCUUAUACGAACUUCCAGUCUACUCCAGAAAUCACGUGAAUUCAGUUCAAAAUUUUUCCGUGAGAGGAGUUAGAUAAAAGGCAUGACUCUAAGGGGAAAACUAUGGUGUACAGAGGCAAGACACCACUAAAAUCGAGAGCCUCGUGACGAUGUCACAAUAAAUAAUAAAUCGCUCGUAUUCUAAUUACAAUUGCAAUGAAAAUAACUUAAUCGCAAAUUCUUUCUUAAUUAUAAAUUAAUUUAUAUAAUUAACUAGUUAUAUUUAUUAAUUGAGCAUGUAAACGUUGUUAUGAUAUUUGUUAUUAUAUAUUCAAAACGCAAAAAUGUCGACAUUUCCAAUUUAAUUAACAACAAAAAAGUAUCUGGACAUUUUUGGGUGCUGUUUUUGUCAAUACAAAGCGAAUUCAUAAUUUUGCAGAAAGUGGAGAAUUUCGGUUGAAAAGUAGAAUAGUUCAAUGAAAAAGGAACUAGAUUACGUCUUUCAUAUCCCCUACAUGGCACCACGUUACCUAGCUCUUCCACUGUCUCUGCUGUAGCUACAUGCCCGGACUCUACCGAUUUAAACCAAUUGUCGUUUCGUUUCGUUUCGUCCACGUCAGCCAUUACGCUCAACUCCAUUUUCUGAUCCCAUCGCACAGUUUUAACUUUUAUGUAACUAUUACAAAUAUAUGUUUUUUAAUCGUGUCAAGCAACUCAUUGACGUAAUGUUUGAGACAAAGUUCUUUCAUUCCAGACAAGACAAAAUCUCAAAUGCAGAUAAUUUUAACGAAAGACUUUAAUUUAUCCAACACCUUUCCCGAUUAAAUUCCAUCUGAUUUUAUUUUAUUAUUAUUAUUAUUAUUUACUUAUUUUUUAGUUUUGUUUAAUUUUACUUUAUCUACUUUCCGUCACUUUUCUUCUUUUCUCAGCAACAAAUCAUUUUCAUUUGUGACAUAUUACUGCUCAAACUACUCGCCCAGGCUAACUACUUCGAGUACAUUGUCUCGAGUUUUUCGAAGUAGUAAUAUAGUUAUAAUUUUAGGUUAAAUUUGUGUUGUUUUAGUCGUGAAUACAUUUAUAUUUAGGAACUUUUUUAUAUAUUGAAACAACUCCAGUUUAUAACCUUCAAGAUACUUUUUAUUUUCUCAGAACCAUCCAAAGAAGACGUGAUAAAGUUUUCCACACCUCUUGUUCGUAUAAUUUUUUUAUCAUUAAAUAAUUAUUAUUUAACGUUCUUAAUGAAUUCUUAUGUUUUUAGUAUUUUACGAGUGAUUAUCCAAUUUCUCCGAAUGAAGUAAUUCAUAAACAUAUAGCAUUUCCGUUUUCCACCCUCUGUAAGUACAAGAAAUUAAGAUGUGAAUUUACCAAACUGAAUACAACUCACUUGGUUUAUUCUUUGGACCAAGUAAAAAAUGGGGACGCCGACAUCAGCGACCAGCAGCAGUUAGUUAAUGCUGAUAUGAGUCACGUCGUGGAGUUUACUCCAAUUAACACGUUCUUCCCUAUGCAAUUCGUCAUUAAAAACAAGAAUUUAGAACUUUCCUGGAAAUCACUAAUUUCUCCUUUCUCUUUUUGGGUGUGGCUGGCCAUUUUCUUCUGUACUUUGGUGGCUGGAAUACUCAUAUUUAUAAUACUCAGUUACGACAAAUUAACAGAAGACAAGAACAAGGGUUGGAAUAAAAGAAGAUUCGUUUGGUUUCUGUUCGGAACUUUUCUCAAUCAAGGAGCCGAUUUGAAAGUCGCUAGACGCUCACCCUCCAGAGUGGCCUUGGUCUUCUGGAUGCUUCCCGUUUUGAUCAUAUGUUGGGCUUAUGGUGGAACGUUAACUUCAUUUAUGAUUAACAAGGAAAAACAGUCAUUGCCGAAAACGUUCGAAGAAUUAGCAUCAGCUGUCCAAAAAGGAGAAUUUACUUGUACUGCACCUGGUAUCCGGAAUGUGAGGAAUUUGUUUAAAGUAUGUUGCUCUUCGUAAAUGUAUUAAAAAAAUAUAUUUCACAUAAAAAAAUAUUUCAAAUCUCUUUAUAAAUACAGUAAAAUCCGUGAAGUGUACAGAUAGAUAUUUAGGUAGCGUUAUCGAAUUGAGAGU